CGACAGCGGGUAGCCAUUUCGGCUCCUCUCUCCUCCGCUUGCCGGACCGUCAAGAUACGCUUCCCGUACUUCUACAUGUGCCCUUGUGUGCUCCUGUCGGUGUGUGUGCAAACCAUAACCUGGCCUGAUCAUCGGCCGUCAUUGGCACGCAUCAUGUGCCGCGCGUAUACCUCGAGCACUCCAGGGCUUGAGGCCCUUUCCACCAUCUUGCCAUCACGUGCACUACCAGUCCAUUCAAAAGUUUGCUCGAUAUUGAUUAGACCUGUACGCGUAUGCUUAUGUAUAGAAGCCGCUUAG